UGUCUGUGGUCUGAGCGAGAUAUCGGAAGCUCCAUUUACGCGCUAACAUAAUUGGCUAGCCGAGCUCGUCUGAAUCUGAAGGUGCCGACGUACUCCAGUCCUCGCCGACUUGCUAAAACAGAAUUCAGCAAUUGACUUGCAGGCACUACCUCAUCACUUAACUAUCAUUCCAUACGGACUUCGCAAACAUGUCUGACGACGACAGAGAGACCAAGCCCUUCAAGUUUGUGACUGCUGGGUUCGAUGCGCGCUUCCCAAACCAGAACCAAACGAAACAUUGCUGGCAAAACUAUGUCGACUACCACAAGUGCAUCAUUGCUAAGGGAGAGGACUUCGCUCCUUGCCGCCAGUUCUUUUUGGCAUACCGAUCAUUGUGCCCAAGUGGCUGGGUUGAACGCUGGGACGAUCAGCGCGAAAACAACACCUUCCCAGCCCGUUUGGAUUAGUGCAUCAUGAACAGGUUUGGCGGAGGUCAUGAUGUUGGUUGGCUCUCAAACAGGAAACGAAGGAUGGACAUUGUAGAGUAGAAGUCGGUAGAACAAAUUCAUUGGCUACGCCUGUUAUUAUCACCGGUUGCUUCAUUGAUAUGUUUGCUACAGCUAUAUAUGCGAUAUAAAUGUAUGAGCUUAAACCUGGACAUCAAACGCAGUUCUUGUUCUAUCACAGUGCCUGGAGAAGUGUUGCAUAUAUAAUAUCUACGUAUAUUACUUUGUCUGCAUCUGGGAGUCCAGUAUAGUCGGACCGUAGAGGCGAAGAGCACUCUGUUGCAUUAAAUUUAUAGUUCGAGAACGCAGUUGCCACCUGAAUCCCAGAUUCCGGUUGAUGUUCAUGGCAUGGCUUGCAGGCAACAGGAAGCCAGACUAUAUUGUUGGCAACGGGCUUCCCGGUGACUUCCGCCAUAGGCUAUUAUUACGUCUGGUGUGGAUGGCAGAAUCACACAGGAGACAUCUCCGCUCAAUUGACGGAAUGCAGGCUGAACUUAAAAGUGGCAUUCUAACCUAUUUAUACACGGCUUAACUCCAUUUCCGCACGACUUGUAA